GCGUACGCAUCAAACAGACGGACCGUCACGGCCUGGGAUCCUUCUCCCACCCGGCCCGUCACCAAACGGCAUAAAUACCCACCCCCUCCCCUCCUCCAAUCCUCACCACCGCUCCCAGCAACGGAACCAACAAAUCCCAAGCUAAUCUCGUCUCCGAUCGACCCGAGGCUCGUCGAAUCCUCCUUCCCCACCGCCUCAAGAUGCAGAUCUUUGUGAAGACACUCACGGGCAAGACCAUCACCCUUGAGGUGGAGUCGUCUGACACCAUCGACAACGUCAAGGCCAAGAUCCAGGACAAGGAGGGCAUUCCCCCGGACCAGCAGCGCCUUAUCUUCGCCGGCAAGCAGCUGGAGGACGGCCGCACCCUUGCCGACUACAACAUCCAGAAGGAGUCCACUCUCCACCUGGUGCUGCGCCUGCGUGGCGGCAUGCAGAUCUUCGUGAAGACCCUCACAGGCAAGACCAUCACUCUGGAGGUUGAGAGCUCUGACACCAUCGACAACGUCAAGGCCAAGAUCCAGGACAAGGAGGGCAUCCCCCCGGACCAGCAGCGCCUUAUCUUCGCUGGCAAGCAGCUGGAGGAUGGUCGCACCCUUGCCGACUACAACAUCCAGAAGGAGUCCACCCUCCACCUGGUGCUCCGCCUGCGUGGUGGCAUGCAGAUCUUCGUGAAGACCCUCACCGGCAAGACCAUCACUCUGGAGGUUGAGAGCUCCGACACCAUCGAUAACGUAAAGGCUAAGAUCCAGGACAAGGAGGGCAUUCCCCCGGACCAGCAGCGCCUUAUCUUUGCUGGCAAGCAGCUGGAGGAUGGCCGCACCCUCGCGGACUAUAACAUCCAGAAGGAGUCCACCCUCCACCUGGUGCUCCGCCUCCGCGGUGGUCAGUAAUUGCCCUGGCGUUCAACCUGCUGGUUUAUCCUGGGUCGUCUGGUCGGUGGUGCCCUGCCGUUCAUUUGAACUGUUUUCUCGUUCGUGUCAGUCCUAUGUGUUGGUUUGAAAACUAUCGAGUCCCCUUGUUAUGUUGGUUGAAACCGUUGCUGGCACUGCAGUAUCCUUAAGUAAUGAAUAAGUGAACUUAGAUAAA